AUGAAUGUCCAGCUUAAGGACAUUACCGUUACCGCCCGCGACGGUCGUGUCUCCCAUCUCGAUCAGGUCUACAUUCGGGGAAGCCAUGUACGAUUCUUCAUCGUACCGGACAUGCUGCGGAAUGCUCCCAUGUUCCGCUCACGAGGCCAGCGCGGACGCGGUGUUGGGUUGGCACGUGGCAAGGCCACUGUGCAGCGCGCUCGCGGCCAGCGCGGUAGACCUUGA